CUCCGAGUCUCUUUCUCUCUCUCGCCCCUCCUUGAAAAAUCCUUUACCCAAUCCCCUCACCCUCACUCCCACAACCCCUCCCCCCCUCCCUCCCGUUCUCAAAAAUCCACGAGCGUCGAAGGAAGAAGAAGAGCUAAGAAGCGAGAAACAUUUUGAGAGGAACGCCGAUGUUACCAUGCCAAGAAUAUUAACUAGUACUAGUAGUAGUAGAAGAAGGAGAAGAAGGAGAAGAAGCCGAACCGCCACCACCGCAUGCAACGGCGAGGAGACGCAUCCAUGAUGAGUCUCGACGUCCAGGCGACUCAUCACCAACUCCCACCGCCUCCUCCCCGCCUCCCGGCCUCCUCCUGCCCCCUCCAUCCGGACGAGCACGUCACUGGAUUCUGCGCCUCUUGCCUCCGGGAGCGCCUCGCCGGCCUCGACACCUCCUCCUCCUCCACCACCACUACCGCCCGCAAGUCCACUUCCUCCGCCUUCAAAUCCCUUUUCUACAAGGCCGCCGGCGGCGGAGGAGGAGGAGCGCAGCCCACCUCCUCCUCAUUCUUGCGCCCGGAGCUCCGCCGCUGCAAAUCGUUCUCCUGCGGCCGCGGCGACGGCCUCUCCGGUCCCCGCGCCUCCGCUGCCUUCGAGCCCCAGCGCAAGUCCUGCGACGUUCGCGUCCGCAACACCCUCUGGUCCCUCUUCCACCAGGACGACAACGAGAGGGAUAAGCAAGGAGUCCGGGACCCCUCCCUGCCCUCCUCCUCUUCGGCUGCCGCCGCGGCGGGCGGAGAGAUCGAGGCCGAGUGCCGGAAUCUCGUGUUUCCUCCCCCGUCCUCCGUCACGGCUCCCGUCCUGGAAACCCGCGAAGAGGAUGAAGAAGAGGAGAGGGAGGAGGAGAGAGACAAUGUGGAGGAUAUCAAGAUCGUGGAUCCCGUCCUGGUAAUGGGGACAUCGGGGGAGAUCGAGGGAGAAGAGCAGGUGGAGGCGGAGCUGAAGCCGAUGAAGGACCACAUAGAUCUCGACUCCGCCGCCCAGGCCAAGAAGCUCCCUCCCAAAGACCUCAAGGAGAUCGCCGGUAGCUUCUGGCUCGCCGCCUCCGUCUUCAGCAAGAAGCUCCAGAAGUGGCGGAGGAAGCAGAAGCUCAAGAAACAGGGCAAGGCGGCAGCGAUGCCGCCGGAGAAGCCCCCAACUUCCCGCCGCUUCCGCGACACCCAGUCGGAGAUCGCCGUCGACGCCUUCGGCCGGCGGUCCUGCGACACCGAUCCACGGUUCUCCCUCGACGCCGGCAGGAUGUCCCUCGACGCCGGCCGGAUGUCCCUCGACGACCCCCGGUUCUCGUGGGACGAGCCUAGGGCCUCGUGGGACGGCUACCUCAUCGGAGGCCGAUCCGUGUUCCCCCGCCUUCCUCCCAUGCUCUCCGUCGUGGAGGACGCCCCCGCCCCCGCCCCCGCCGUCCAGCGGUCGGACAGCCAGAUCCCCGUCGAGGAUGACGCCGUGACCCCGGGCGGCUCCACCCAAACCCGGGACUACUACUCGGACACAUCUAGCCGGCGCCGGCGAAGCUUCGAGCGGUCGAAUUCCGUUCGGAAGCAGGUGGUCGAGAUCAACGAGCCGAAGCUAGCAUCCAAUGCCAAGGUGUCCCCAGCCGGGAGCUCCGAGUUCUUUCCCUUCCACCCGGGGAGCCUCCUUGAUAGGGAUUUAAGAGAUUUGAGCUCGAACUCGUUGAGGGAUGAUCGCUCCGAGAGCUUUGAGUCGGCUUACAGGGACUCCUGUAAAGGGAGUGCUACAAAGAAGUCCAAGAGGUGGAGCAAGGCAUGGAACAUUUGGGGGUUUAUACACCGGAGAGGCAGCAGCAAGGGAGGAGCCAAUGUGGUUGAGAGAUCCUUCUCGGAGUCGUGGCCCGAGCUGCGGGCUGGUGGUUAUAGUGGCAAGAUUUUGAGGAGCAACAGCAGUGUAAGCUCGAGGAGCUCAUUCAAUGGAAAUGGUGGGUUUGGGAGCAUGAGAAGGAGCGGCGUCGAGACCAAUGGGCAUGGGAAGAAAAGGAGGGAGGAGUUUGUGUUGGAGAGGAACCGGAGUGCCAGGUACUCCCCAAGCCAUUUCGACAAUGGCUUGCUAAGAUUCUACUUGACACCCAUGCGGAGCAGCAGCCGGAGGAAUGGAGGGUCGGGGAAGGGGGGGCACAUGAGUUCUCAUUCAUUCACCAGGAGAAUGCUAAGAUUGUAUUGAGCCAUUAACUGGCUCCAAUCAGGUUCAUGUAGACCAAUCUACAGGAGAAUCUCUAGGCAUGCUUCAAAGAAGUUUUCCAUUUCCAGCGUUUGUUCACAGAUCAAUGCAAAAUUACAAGAUCAUAUUUCAGACGAAAUGGCAGCCCUGGCUCUACGAUGACUAAAAAUAGGCACCGAUGAAUGUGGCUGGUCAUAGUUUUCGAGUCGAGGGGAGCUGGUGUUGUAGGUGUGAAGAUAAGCGACAGCAAAGCAAGUAGGGAUUCAGAAAGUGCAUUCCAGUACCAGACCAUAGCAUCUGUCCUCAGCAAUGACAAGGAUGAAUGGACCCAGAAGUUGGUGGUGUCGCCUUGAAUGCAACUGCAAUCUUGCAGAUUUUAGUUAGUGCUCAGGCUACUGAAUCUCAUAUGUAUGUUCUAGUAAAUUGAUGAUACCAAUCGAUCAGAGAAUUUGGAAUCUGCUGUACUGUUUUUUUCUACUUGAUCAAGUAACAGAAAGUGGAUUCUUUUUGAAAGUGGGGGAGAAAAAAAACUGAUAAU